AAACACUGACGGAUAACAGUGACGGGGUAUAUGUGAUGUCUGAUAACUACGUCAGUGCACAUCCUCUUAUAGCAAUAACUUAAUAUCCAGGAAUCUACCCAACUUACAUGCUGCACAAUGCGUCCCACGGGACCAUCCAUUUUGUAUAUUGUGUGUUCUUUCAUUUUACCUGUCAGUGGUCAAAUUUUUGACACAAGUAUCUGUACCCCAACCUCAAAUUACUCUGACGCGUCUCCACUUCCGGCGUUGUCCGAGUCUUAUUCUACCACAGUGGAAUGGAAGUUACUGCACAAUAACAGCACAGUCAGUAUUGAGGAGUACGUCAUAGGGAUGGAAAAGCUGAGCAGCAUACGGGUUACAAAGGAAGGCCACACAUCCAAGAUCAUCUAUGACGAGAACGCCCAACAAUAUACAGAGAUUGAUAUUGUCAAUAAUUUGUGCAAUACACACAAAUAUGUUCUGGAUGUGGUUUUAUUUGGUGAAGAAAUUUGGAAAUCAACAACAAAACAGUUGUAUCAAAUCUUCAAACAAUCUAUUACUGAAUAUGGUGGGACCCAGAUAAUUCGUUCUACCGUCGUCCAGAGAUGGUCCACCUGUGUCUUCCUGCUGGAAUACAACGUCACUCUAGCCGCUACCUUCUUUUUUGCUGCUGACGGAUGGCCGAUGCCGUUUGCGGCACCAAACGCCAUGGUUCCAGUGCGCUUAGAACUCCGAGGCUCUGUCAACGGUAUGGGAUUUCACGCCGUGGGAGAUUAUGUCAACUUCCUUCCGUCCCCACCAGCGAAUUUAGACAGCGUCCAGACAGAGCCGGGCAUGUUCUGUCCCGGAAAAGACAUUGGGAAAAUCAUCCUGUCGGUUCCCAGCGAUUUCUCAACAGUCAUUGAACGGGUCAACACUCACGAUAAGCAAGUGACGUAUGACACGAUAUGGUUUGAUUCCCGGAGGAAGUUUGUUCGUUAUGAAACAAAGUCUGCUAGCGGUGAAGACGUGGAUCCAAAUGCGAUUGUGUUCGAUUUCCAUAACGGUGUCCGAUACUCGAUGGACCGGUACACAACCUUGUGCAAUCCCACCACGAUCAUUGAGAGGGGGGAUAAGUUUGUUGACCAGACCGCAGUGCCUUCAACUCGGAUACAGAUGCAGAGUUCCCUAGAUUUCUUCAAGAUGAGGAACGCAACCAUCCAGUAUGUUGGAAAGAGAUACACACGGAGGAUAUUCUGCGAUGUUUGGGUCGGGCUGUACUAUGAUUUAAACAUUGGUCAGAACCAGACUGUUGAAUGGUAUUUUCUGGGGGAGGGCUGGCAGGAGGGGAUCGGUACAUCUAUCACCCCUGGGAGUCUGGUCAGGUUUGACGUAUGGGCGGCCAAUUCAGACUUCCCCAUCAUCCACAACGUUCUCAAGUUAGACCCUUCCACUCCCUAUCUCACUUCCUUCGACAUCGGACCUUGUUUUACCGGAAGUCUGAAAAGACAGAAUUUUGUUAUCAAAUUUACAGCCAAUGGAUUGGACCUGACCCAAAUUAGUCUGAACUAUAUCCAGGACCAGAUUCAGGAAAUACUGACCACCCAGGCGCAGUUAGACAAUCUGAGAUUUAGCCAUGUCGCGUUUGAUAAUUACGGAUUCAAUGAGUGGUACUUCAGUGGCGUUUUGUUGGAUAAGUCACCGGUGGACAACUUCAAUGUUUACCCACCAGUUCUGAUGAAGGAACCGCUAAGUAGCGCCUUCGACUUCCUGCGGGGUUUUGUGGAAACACCAUGGGUGUACAACAUUUCACAGCCGAAAUUGCAGUUGGUCGCCAUUGGGAUCCAGCCGCUGUAUUACCCAAAUGAUUUUACGACAACCACAACCCUACCCACAACGACCGGAACCUACCAGGUGCCAACAUUGCCAGUCCACACCACAGGGACAACAUCCAUGCCAACACCCGCCCCUCCUCCCACGGGGACAACACAGACAACUAAAGCCAACGCAACACCCGCCCCUCCUCCCACGGGGACAACACAGACAACUAAAGCCAACCCAACAAGUCCAUGCACACCAUGUUCAAAAGUAACAUGUCCCACACGAAAGACAUGCCCAAAGGUCACGUGUCCUCUAGUGACAUCUCCACCGACAUCCACACCGUGUUCAGCAUGCCCAACGUGUCCAAAGGUCCAGUGCCCUAUAACCACUACACCAAGACCAAUGGCGUGUCCGAAAAUCACGUGCCCUGUAACGCCAUCAAAAAUAGUGACGUCAGCACCUAGCACUACUCUAAAUAUUGGCGUGAAUAAUCCUGCUGCACAGUCCCAAACGUCAACCAAGGGUGUUUCUUCGGGUGGCGCGGUGGGCAUCGCAUUUGCUUGCUUGAUAAUUGGAUUUUUAAUUGGCGCUGUUGUGGUGUAUGCCUUUCAGAAAAAAUUUCCAAACAUUUUUAAAUUUUCAGACAGCUCAUAUAUAAAUCCAGUGUAUGACAGUGAGAAAUAUUGACAUGUUUCAUUCUUUUGUUUUGUUGUGUUUUUAAUUUAUACAAGUAAAAAUUAUACAAAAUAAUAAA